AUGUUAUUCAAGUCUUUCGUUACUUUUACAGUUUUAGCCAACGCUUUGGCCGCCCCAUUGGCUCAUCAACAUCAUCAACAUAAAGAAGAAAAAAGAGCUGUUCAUGUUGUUACUCAAACCAAUGUUGUUGUUGUCACUAUUGGUAAUGGUGAACAAACUACCACUUUUUCUGCUCCAACUGUAGCUGCUGAUUCAAGUGUUAGUGUUUCUGUCAACACUCAACCUCCUCAAAACCAUCCAACUACUACUCAAGAUGCUGUUAGUGCUUCUACUGCUCCUGCUUCCACUGAUGGUUCUGCCGCUUCUCCUUCUUCUACUGAAUCUGGCUCUGAACCUUCAAGUGGUGUUGGAUCUGGUGGUGCUAAAGGUAUUACUUAUUCUCCAUACUCUGACAAUGGUGGAUGUAAAUCAUCAUCUCAAAUUGCCAGUGAAGUUGCUCAAUUAUCUGGAUUUGAUAUUAUUCGUUUAUAUGGGGUUGAUUGUGAUCAAGUUUCUGCUGUUUUAAAAGCUAAAUCUUCAUCUCAAAAAAUUUUUGCUGGUAUUUUUGAUGUUGCCAACAUUGAAUCUGGUAUUAAAACUUUAGCUGAUGCCGUUAAAUCUAAUGGUGGUUGGGAUGAUGUUUACACCGUUUCUAUUGGUAAUGAAUUGGUUAAUGCUGGUUCUGCUACUCCAAGUCAAAUCAAAUCUUAUGUUGAACAAGGUAAAAAAGCUUUACAAGCUGCUGGUUAUAAUGGUCCAGUUGUUUCUGUUGAUACUUUUAUUGCUGUUAUUAAUAACCCAGAAUUAUGUGAUUGCUCUGAUUACAUGGCUGUUAACGCUCAUGCUUUCUUUGAUGGUCACGUUGCUGCUGAAGAUUCCGGUGCUUGGGUUUUACAACAAAUUCAAAGAGUUUGGACCGCUUGUGGUGGUAAAAAGAAUGUUUUAAUUACUGAAACUGGUUGGCCAUCUAAAGGUGACUCUAAUGGUGUCGCUGUUCCAUCCAAGAGUAACCAACAAGCUGCCGUCAGUUCUAUCAAAUCCACUUGUGGAGACUCUGCAUUAUUGUUCACUGCCUUCAAUGAUUUCUGGAAGGCUGAUGGUCCAUACAAUGCUGAAAAAUACUGGGGUAUUUACUCCAACUAA